AAAACCUGCAGGAAAGAGCCCGGGGCCAGGGAGCAGGGGGUCAGGAAGUGUGCGGCCGCUUCUGCACCCUGAGUGGUUGUCGGGUCUGAGAGCUUCGCCUCCCACUGGGUGGAGUCCGGCUUUUAAGAGCGGCUGGAAGGCAGUUCCCCUGGUCCUGGUCCGCGGAGCCGUCGGAGCGUGUGAGCCUCCGCCGGUCCCGGAGAGCCGGGCUCGGAGCGCAGAGCCGCGGGCCCCUCUCCGCAGUCCGCUCCCGUCCUUCCCGCCCCGGGAGCACCUGCCCACCUGCCCAGCCAUGGGGGAGGACCUCGCCCAAGCCGAGAAGCUGCCGUACCUGGGCUCUGGCACGUGGCAGGAGAAGCCAGCCAGCCCCAGCCUAGCGCCCUCCUCCACGCCGAGCCCGAGCCUGAACCUGGGGAGCACAGAGGAGGCGGUCCGGGACAGCGCGCAGGUGAACGCCGUCACGGUGCUCACGCUGCUGGACAAGCUGGUGCACAUGCUGGACGCGGUGCAGGAGAACCAGCACCACAUGGAGCAGCGGCAGAUCAGCCUGGAGGGCUCCGUGAAGGGCAUCCAGAACGACCUCACCAAGCUCUCCAAGUACCAGGCCUCCACCGGCAACACGGUGAGCAAGCUGCUGGAGAAGUCGCGCAAGGUCAGCGCGCACACCCGCGCCGUCAAGGAGCGCAUGGACCAGCAGAGCGCGCAGGUCAGGCGGCUGGAGGCCAACCACGCGCAGCUGCUCCGGCGCAACCACUUCAAGGUGCUCAUCUUCCAGGAAGAAAAUGAGAUCCCUGCCCGUGUGUUUGUGAAGGAGCCGGCCUCCAGCCCCGCCGGAGAGCAGGGGGAGCUCGCUGAGGAGAACAAGUCCCUGGAGGAGACCUUGCACACGGUGGACCUCUCGUCGGAUGACGAGUUUCCCCCGGAGGAGGAGGCCCUGGAGGACAGCGCGGAGGAAAAGGUCGGGGAAAGUAGGGCAGAGAAGAUCAAACGGUCUAGCCUGCGGAAGGUCGACAGCCUCAAGAAAGCGUUUUCUCGCCAGAACAUCGAGAAGAAAAUGAACCGGCUGGGCACAAAGAUCGUAUCCGCAGAGAGGAGGGAGAAGAUUAAGAAAUCCCUCACCCCCAGUCACCAGAAGGCAUCUUCGGGGAGAGGCUCCCCCUUCAAGGUCUCUCCGCUCACCUUCGGGCGCAGGAAAGUCCGCGAGGGAGAGAGCCCUGCGGACGCGGAGACCAAGUCGGAAGACCUGCCCCGCGGCGACCCGGUGCCCGACGAGCAGGAAGAGGGUCUUUGCUCCCGCGCCCCGGGGGAGGGAAAGAGCAGCGAGGGGCGCGCAGGAAGGGCGGCCUCCCGGGGGAGCAGCGUCGACCUGACCGCUCCGGAGGACGAAGAGGAGCCCUCGGCGGCCGUGGAACAGGCCCAGCAGGUGCGCCACGAGCGGGGCGACCUGCUAGCCGCGGAGGAUGCGGAGGACGCGGUGCCGCCCGCGGUGCUCCACGUGGACGCGACCUCCUGAGCGCGGCCCGCCGGCCCGGCCUGUGCUCUGGUGCCCCGGCGCGGCCAGGGCGCGAGCCGGCCCCCAGCCCGUCCCCAGCACUGCCCGUCCCGCCCGGUCCCCGUCGGGGCCGCGGUCACCGCUCCGCGGCAGCCCCACGCGCGCAGGCCCGACGCCGCGGCCCCCCGAGCUGCCGGCGCGCGCCUCUCCCUGGCCUCGGGCUCUCUGGGGGCGGAGUUUCUCCGGGAUCGCGCGGGACAAGACCGGGGGCCGCUGCACAACGCCGACCAGGGCGGCCCCGGACGCUCCCGGGGAGACGCGCCUGCCCUCCGGGGUGACCCGCAGCGCACAGAAGCUGGAGACGCAACUGCUUUAUAUUCCGGGGGGGGGGGGGGGGGACACUUCUCCAGAAGGGCGCAGGCGAGGGUCCAGAGGUCAUUCACUCAAUAGAAACCAGUGUCUGAAAUGAACUGACUGAUCGUGAAGGAAAAACCAAAGACUGUAAGAGUCAGAUGAUGAAGGGAGAGGAAGGGAGCCGGGACCACCCCAGAAAGGAACCCGAGGAGAAGCUGGGACAUAAGAGGAACUAGAAAGGGAGAAUGCCAAAGAGAAUGCAGAGAGAAAAAACACGUGCUUAGAAAGAAAAUAUUUCCAGUAUUAACUCAAAUAUUCCAUUCCUUAAAUAAUAAUUCGAAAGACUUUCGUAUAUCCUGGAAUAAUAUGUUCUAUCUUCACAGUAUUCUUAUUUUCUGAUUUUUCAAAUAAUACGAAAACAUAGUUUACUGUGUUAAAGUUGCAUUUUUCUUAAUAAAUCAAAGACGUUACAAAUAUUUCUCCAGGGAGGUUUAAAAUGAUGUUGUCUCUUUAACAUGAGAAUGAACACAAAUCUUCAAAAUUCCUAUGUGCUGUCUUUUGGAGGAAGCUGGAUCAUACUAUUCUUUCAUGUUUUCCAAAUUUGAAAUGACCUUUAGGCUCCAGAUGAUGUAACAUAGGUCUAGAAAGAUGUUAAAAUCAACAGGUUUGAGAAGGGAAGGAUUCUGUUUUUCCUUUUUGUGCAUACUGCUGAUUUCAUCCCAGGUCAUAUUUUAUUUAUGUAUUAAUUUCACAGAAUAUUAAUAUGAUUCUUCCAAAAGCAUGCUAGUGUAUAUGGGCACAUUCAUUCUGACAGGAUAAUUUUUACUACUGCCUAACAUUAUACUAAAAUAGUGCUUUAUCUAUUUUUAAUUACAGAAUGCUAAUGUUUUGAGAAAACUAUUGAAUUUUAGUUUAGAGGCGGUUGUGCUAGGGAGCAAAUGCCCCACCUCUCGUACAAUCCACUCACCAUAUGUAACCUUACAAAUAGAAGUAAUCCACGACUGUAUCAACAAACGACGCUUUGUGUUAGGGAAGGAAAGGAUUAACAGAUGGAUUGAUGUCAUAACCUAUACAGCGCUGUCCUCGUUUGGCAAUAAUGUACCCCAAAUACUAGAUUGUUGAACUAACAAUGGCUGUGUUAAAGAAGACUAAAUAAACCAAAAAAUAAAAAGUUCAUAACAA